GUAUAAAUAACUUGUAGAGGUCGCGCCGUGUUGUAAUUCUACCCUUUCUCGUACAUGAUUCCACUUUGGUAUAUAUUGUACUACUAUAUACUUCGUUUACCAAUAUAGUCCUCACCUAUUUUCGAGCUUCGGUUGCUUAUAUACAACCCUCUUUCUCCCCAAUGACUUCAGCGGAGAGCCUGUAUCAUCGCCUCCAGUGGACAAAAUCCCAAGAGGGGGUCUGGUCGCGAGAUAUUAAUGAGUGUGAAAGAUUCUAUCAGUCGUCUAUCCGAAGUGGAGAGGGUUGCUAUCCUGUUACUGCCUGCUCAUCAUUUACCUUCGAACCCUCCGAGACAACAGCAACUAAUGACAUCGAAGAACAUGUCGUUGAGACUGUCUUGCGGAAAGCAUGGACUGUUCUCCAUUACCAUCACCCGAGUUUACGUACUCAUGUCGAACGUGGCGGGGACAGUAGCGGAUGGAGAAGGAUUUAUCCUACAUUCAAAGAUAAAGGAGAAGAAAAGGGAUGGUUGGAUUGGACUUUCAAGGUCAUUGACGUCGAUGGAGAUCCACUCCAGUGGUACAAUAACACAUCUGCUCCCUUCGAGAUCUCAACCUUGUUUCUAAUCAGGUCGAAAGAGAAGGGAAAGUAUCUCGACCAUGUCUUUUUACGAUGUCCUCACGAUAUCACAGAUGGCGUUGGCAUUCUCCACCUCCUGAAUAACCUAUUCACUCACGCUGCUCUAGUUUACGAACAAGGAACUCAGUACGUCCUACCAGCCUGGGGUAAUGAGCACGAAAAUCUUUCCCCAUGCAUUCAACUUGUUACAGGAAUCCCCGAAUCUUACACCGAAUCUCAGAUCAAACGCUUUGAAGAAAUCCAGAUUCGAAACAGGGCGACCUACACUCAUCCCGGUCUCCUCAGUUUACCUACAAGUUCUAGCCCAACUACAUCAUCCCAAGGUGGAAAGAGACAACGCGUUGCAGUUUCGGUUUCCCAGACUACGACCGAGAAGAUUCUCCGUGGCUGCAAGGUCCUUAACACCGGGGUGACUGUUACCCACGUCUUCAUAUCGGCUCUGGCAAUAGCGCUCUCCGAACUACAGUUGCGAAAAGACAAGCCGUACGCCGUUCGUUAUGCCAACCAGACUAUGAUUAACCUGCGGCCGUACUGCCGCGAGCCCUAUAACACGCCUGAGUACGCAGACGCUCCGUAUCACGCCGUCUCCACCCAGGCCCUGGGUAUAGAUCUAGUUGUGCCAGGUUCAGCAGAUCCGAGCGGAGUAAGCAAGGUAGACGAGUUGACCAAACUCUCUGUCCAAGUACGAGAUUACUUCAAGGCCGUUCGCCCAGUAUCCUCUGUUGACGAUAAUAUCAUAUUUUCUCCAUUGGUGUUCAAAAGGCUUACGCCUCCACUAAGUUUAGACCCUCAUGCCGUGUUAGGAACUCCUAUCUGCCCAGUGCCUCUCUCAUCGAUCGGCAAUAUUGCUUCGAUGGUGUCACCGGUCCACGGCCCGUUUAAACUUUCGUGGGUCUGGAGAGCCAGUGAACCAAUUGGCGCCGGCGUGGCAGUACUUUUGGCCACUUGGGAUGGGAGAAUUGAGCUUUCUGCAGUCUUCGAUACGCGGUAUCAUAGUGCUGAGUAUGUUGAGAAGUUCUUGGGACGUAUUAUGGCUUGCGUUCUCGAAGGACUUAGCAUUGAUGAGCAUCUAUGAUACAUACAAUAACCUAUCAGUCUUAUCCGCACACCCCACUAUAGCUUCACCAAAACAUACCAACUUUACAAA